AUCUUUGUUGUUGUGGCACCGCUGUCAUGGCAACCGCUCGAAAAUGAAAACCGAACGCACGCCCCGGGAGAGUUGUGUGAAAAAUCGGGAAAAAUUUUCAUUCAGAACGCAAGGAGCCGCCGAGGAGCGAGGCCAUGAACCACAAUCAUGAGCAUGGACAUACCGGAAACCGUAUCCGUGCGCAAGUUCCGCGACUUCUCGGCACGUCAGAAGCAGGAGCUCUACGAGACACUGUUGGAGCUGUCGGAGUCCAUAGAGGAGCUGCCCAAGAAGUCGCUGCGCAAAACCCUAGAGGUCACGCUGGCCGUGCUGGAGUACAAGGGCGAGCAGGUGCAGCGACUGCAGGAACAAAGCGGCACUGCAGGAGCAAUCUCUGACCGCCGCCUGCAGGACGAGAAUGAGAAACUUAAACGAAUGUUGCAGAAGCUAGAAGAUGAGCGCGAUGGGCUGAAAAGCAAGUCCAAGGAGUUAGGGGAGGAAAUUCGUCAGUUGGAGCUGCGCCUUAGGGAGGCCGCCCAGCAGGCCGAUGCCAGCGACAAGGACUCCUCGGAUCCAUUGUCCGAACUGGACAAACAGGAACAGUUGCUCCAGAACAUUGACGCCAAGAAUAAGCACAUCAAGAGGCUGCUGAAAGAAAUAGAGACCCUUCAAAACCAAAACAUAGUUCAAUCCAAGACUAUAGUGGUCCACGAACGUGAACUGCAAAACAUCAAGGCCAAUCUUGUACAGCUUAGCCAGAACAUCAACAAAGUGGAAGAGGAACGAAAGUUACUCAAACAAAAGGAGCAGCAGCAGAUUCUGGAGAUCUCUCGAAUGGAGGGCAAUGUUACCUUCCUGGAGGUAGAACGCGAAAAGCAGGAGUUGGAAAUGCGACAGUUCCUGGACAAGUAUGAGAGCAAGUCACUCAGCUGGAGGCAGGUGCUCGAGGAGCGGGACAAUGAGGUGGAACGUCUGAAGAAACAGUUGGAGGGCAAGAGUACCAACUCAGUGCUGACCACAACAUCCAGCAGCCAGAGUCAACUGGAGGAGGAGCACACUAAAAUGAGACAUCUUUUGGAAUCCCGCGAACAACGCAUUGAAAAGCUGGAAGCUAAGCUCCAAGCGAUGGCCCAGGAGAUGAUCAACUCCACCAAGGUAAUGAAUCAGUUGUCCGUGGAGCGGGAGCGUGCCCAGGAUCCGGAGCAGCCGCGUGCCUGCUGCCAGAUGAUUGAGGAACGCUUACGGGUGGCCAGUGCCCGUAACCAGCAACUCUCCGAGAUGCUAGACGCAGCCGAGCAGGAUAAUGUUCUCAAAUCCAAGCAGGCUAUGCACGCCUUGAGUGCCUUGGAAGCCUACAAGCAGGGUGAGGAUGGCUUGGUGCCGGCCCUGAGGCGAUGCUCUGGCCUGGAACAGAAGCUGGCGGAACGGGAUAAGCAGCUGAGGACCUACAUCCAAGAGCUAAAUGCUCAGCAUGAAAUAGUACAGGAAAACGAACUGCUACGCCGUCGCCUGCACAUACCCGAUGAUGUUGUGGUCUUGUCCAAAAAUGUGCGUUCCAAGCAGCGGAACAAGGACAAGCAGAUCGAACGGCUGACCCUCAAAUUGCGCACAUCCGAGGAGCUGCGUCUUCAGCUGAAGCUGGACAAGAGUGAACUAAGGCGGAAGCUCUUGGAACUGCAAAAUGAACAGCCUCAGGCAAUGGACGAAUCUCUGCUGCAGCAGCCCAGCGAGGUGGGCGAAGUGCCCGCCAGUGUUCCGCUGGAGAGCUCACCACGACGUGGCCAGGGCGAUGGAGCAGCAAGCUCCGAAAUGCAAAAUCGUUACGAGGAAGUCCUGGCCGAGAAUGAGACUCUGCGCUCGGGCAUGUACGAGAUUCUGGAGAAGUUGCGGGAGUACGAUGCCACCUCGGAGCACAUAACCAUUGACUCCGAGCUCCUGCGUCGCCUUAUCGAGGCUCUUCCCAGUGGAGCAGCCACGCCACAACGUCUUCAAGGACAGCUGCUUGAGCUGAAGGCCCGCGAGGAGGCACUCCGUCAACUGUUGCAGCAGCAAAACUACAGUGACUCGGAAACGGGUGAAUUGUCUUCCGUGCAGAGCUUGUGUGAUGUUCCAGAGAUGCCGGAAGAGCCAGCCGACCCGGAGGAGGAUCCUCAGAUCAACACAGCCACGCGGCCUUCUUCGCCCACUGAAGCCACCGAGGGAUUGCAGCGACCUAUCAUACCGGAUGCAGACACAGAACCCAGGUCAGAGCUGCAGGCAGAGCUGGCCAUCCUCCGGAAACAUUACGAUGAACUGCGUCUGCACAUGUCCGCUGAUGGUAAUGAAUUGAUAAGCCGCAACCAGCAGCUCCAUGAUCAGUUGGUCAGCUUGGAGUUGCAGAUGGUCAAGCAAAGUAGUUCCUACGGUUACAUGCGCAAGGAUUACGAUCUACUGUUAACCGAUACCCGAAAGCAGGAACUUCACUUCAUCGAGGACAAGGCAUCCCUCUCCAGGCAAGUAGAGCUGCUAAAGACGGAACUGUCAGCCACUAGGAAUCAGUUGGAUGAGGUUCUAAGGCGGCAUCUGUACACUGCCGAGGAGCAGCAGCAGUUGGAGCAGCGUAAUGCCAUCCUGAGCAUGCAGCUGGGUCAAGCGAUGGAGCAGCUGAUGGGCGAGCUAAAGCUGCCCGAAAUAUGCGCAGAGUAUGGCAUAAUUAAGGAUAACUAUCAGCUGGACUAUAUCACGGCCGAGGACUUUGAGAAGCAGCAACAGGAGCUAUCCAAUUGGAGAACCAAGCAAGCGGAGCUGCAACGGGAGACGAAGCAGUUGGAGGGACUGCUGCAGGUGGCCAAUGGACAGAUCCACUCCCAGCAAAGGCUGCUCAAUGAGAUCACUGAUAACCACAUCAACCUGCGUCACCUGGUAGCCGAUCUUCAAAGCAGUUCCAAUGAGAAACUAAUGCUGGCCAAGGUACAGCGGGAUUUGGAUAGCGUCAAGACAGAGUGCUCUCGCUUGGAAACAGAGCGAGAGCAACUGCAGCUGAAGGCGGACUCCCUGCAAAACCAACUGGUGGCCAGCGAACUAACCCUUAAGCAGACGCAGCAGGACUUCCAGCAGGAGCGCAGCAACAGCGAUAUCAAGCACAAAUUCCUCAAGCAUUCGUUGUUCACAUUAAAAGAUAAAUAUGCCAAAUUUACGCCACUGAUCUUCCUCACCAACUUUGUGUUCGCCUACCAAAAGUUCCAGCGUCGCCUGGAGGAGGAGCAAGUGCAGCAACAACAGAAAACCGAUCACAGCGCUUUAAUUGAGGAGCUUGCUGAGGCUGUACAAGCCAAGAUUGCACCCAAUGAGGAGAGUUCCCAGCAGCUGAUCAAGCUCAUCAAGUCGGAGACCCAAACGAGACUCUUGGAACAGCGCUGUGAGAUUCUGCAAUCAAAGCAGCAGGAACUCCAUCGGGAACUGGGCGAGUUGAGGUUGCGCCAGGCCACCGACAUGGAACACUGGCAGACCAUUCAGGCUCUGUUCGGCGAGGGAGUUGCGCCAUCGCAGCUCAAAGUGGAUGCGGAAACCAACACAGAGCCAGCGACACCCAUUCCGGCCAUGCGAAGAGCCGCCCAGUUGAUAGACAAGCAAUCCUCACCCAUUGGUUCGCCACUAAGGCGGCAUCCUCACCUAGACACCUCCACGCAGGUGGAUUCAGUAAAACUUUCAGAGACGGCGGUCCAGACGAACGGCAUCGUCAGCCAACAGAAUCAGGCCGUACAGACAGCAGAGGCAGCGGAGGACAGCAGGAAGGAUUCCCACAAGGAGCUGCUGGAAAUGCAAUCUGCUCUCCAAGAGGCCAACCAGCGCAUAGAAGUCCUUUGUAAGCAACUUGAGGCUUCCAGGACGGAGACUCGCGAAUCCGAAAGUCCUCACAGUGGUGUUGUCGAAAAAACCAUACUCUCCUUCCACACACUACUCCUGGAGAAGGAUCAAUCCAUUCAGAAGUACCAAGACCUCUUGCAAACAGAGAGGGAUCAGAGCCAGCAGGCGAUAAGCAAACAAGCAGCUGAAAAUGAGUCCCUCAGGGCCACCGUCAACAAUCUGAACUUUAACAUAAAGACCAAAGAUGCCGAAAUUGAGGAGCUGAAGGCCAAACUGGAGAAGAAACUUAAAGCAACAGCGGAACGUAGUAGUCCUUCAGACGCCAGUUCAAGUUCUGAGACCUCCAUUCAUGAGCUAACUGAUGAGAAGAUCGAGGAACUCUUCGAGAGCAGUUCAGCGGAAAGAGUUCCAGAAGAGGUUGAGGUGAAUGUCGGACCAGAAGAAGCGGUAAAUGAGGAACCCGAUGGUGAGGAGGAGAAACAGGAUACAGAGGAGCUCAAAGAACUGCCUACUUUACAUAAGCAAAUCAAGGACCUAAAAGAUAAAUUGGAGUAUAGUGAGACGAACCUGAAAACUAGAGAAGAGGAAGUGGAAAUACUAAAGGAGAAGUUGAAACUCUGCCAGGAACGAGAGAAAUCUGUUGAGAGUAAUGCACCUCCUGAGAUGGAUCAACUACGCGUCUUCCUAGAUGAGAAGGAUAAGCACAUAAAAGACCUAAUGGAUACACUUAAGAACUUCCAUGACGACCAGCAGCGCUACAUCAAUGACACUUCCAAUUUCUCUGAGGAGCAGAUAGCCAAGCUCGCGGCGGAUCUCAAUCGCACAGAGGCCACAAAUAAGAUCUAUCACACCCAAAUGGAGGCUUUGCGUCGCCAAUUGGCCAAUGUGACGCAGCGCGAGAAACAGGCUCGUGAUCUAAGCCAAUCUCUCCGUCAGCAGCUGCUCAAGCGUCCUGUGGUGUCCAUCAAGACGGAGCUAAAUGCUCGAACGAAGAACGAGAACCAGCAGAAACGGAUCCACCAACUGGAGGCAGAUUUAGACGAGGCACGUGCCCAGUUGCAGCGCCAGCAAAGGCUCCUGGAGGCCAAGCGCACGAAGAGUGCCAAUGAGGUGGGUCUCUGGGAGAAGCAAAAGCGUUGGCAGCAGCAGGCUGAAAAGAACAAGGCAAGACUGGAGGAGACGGAAAUGGCUCUGGAGAAGACGCGCACCCUCCUACAAGCUGCACGCACUACCAUAGCCCGCCUGGAGAAGGACAAACAAAUGCUUGAGUCAAAGCUGGGCAGAAACGGACCUGCCAAUAAUGGAUCCACCAAUGCCCUCAAAUGCUGCCGCACUCCAUCGUGUCCCAAUCUACAGCAUGUAGGUGUGAGCAAGUUCACUCCGUCGCCGUCAGAGAGUCCGGAGACCUACACUGGUCCCAGCAGCGAGUGCAGCUCCCCGGCCCAUCAUCCCCAGUCCAGUGAUUCUCGCUUCUACGACCAAAGUCACGCGGAUCUGAUAGAAGCUCUCAAAUCUCGCAUAGAGCUGCAGCAGCGCAAGAUUAUCGCCAUGGAACUGGAGGGUAGGGGCAGUAAUGCUUUGACCACGGAGCUGGAGAAGCUGCAGGAACGUUGCCAGGCCAUAGAGGCGCAGAAUAUACGACUGGAGGCUAGGAAUCUGCAGCUGCAAUUAGAUACCGAUCUCUUGAAACAGGGUGACAGCAGUGAUCGUUUGCAAAAACGCAUUAAGCACUUGGAGGACUAUAUUCUGGCCUUAAAAGAGGAGAUGGCUCGUAACGAAUCCCGGCGAGAACUGUGCAAGUGCAGUGGCCUGAAGGUGAGCACCAAUCAGGGCCAGUCGGCAGAGCACACGAUUCUCUCGCUGCGUAAUCUCGUCGAGAAGCUGCGCUCCGAGAACAAGUUCCUCAAGGACGGCCGUCGAUCCACGGACUCUCGCAGCUCCACAGAUUCCACGCCUGUAGAGGCGGGGCGGUUGCAGCAACAACACGCAGAGGCUUUGGAGAAGAUUAACACCCUUCAGCAGGAGCUGCAAAAGCGAAGCAAGUGCGACCAGUGUGGAGGACGCAGUAAAGACGCCGCCAACGAGGAGCUCAAAUACAUCAAAGAGCAGCUGGUUAAAAAGACGCAACUCCUGCAAAAAGCUAAAGUCCUGCUGACGCGCGCCGCCGCCAAGGAAAAGGUGCUGCGGGAACAACUCGCCCUGUGGAAGCGCAAGUGCUCCGAGCUGCAGAACGUGCCCGUAAUCGAUGAAAUUAGCGAAUAAUCCAUUAUUAUUAUUAUAAGAUGAAUGUUGUACAGCGCAAGAGGAAUGAACUACAUUUUUU